ACUUAACAGGUCCAAAUCCGGAAGCUACAUUAAGUCCUUAUAGCCAAACUCGUUAUGGGAUGCUGUAUCUGCUGUAACUUUAAUUAGGCUAGCGUGACAGUAACGUUAAGUCAGUUUAUUGGUUGUGAGCGCAAAACGCGACACAGCUACCGUAGGACAUUCCUUGAGGCUAGCUAGCUUAACAGCGAGCUAUAAUGCUCUCCAUUACACUCUCUCUCUUUAAAACCACCCGAGUCGUCCAGUCUGUCAGGCUGCUGCACGUUUCUCCGAUCAUCAAAAUGCCAAUUCAGGUUGGUGAACAUCUUCCUGCUGUGGAGGUUCAGGAAGGGGAGCCAGGUAACAAGGUGUCGAUGGAUCAACUCUUUAAGGGUAAAAAGGGAGUUCUCUUUGCUGUACCUGGAGCUUUUACCCCUGGCUGCUCCAAGACUCACCUCCCAGGUUUUGUGCAGCAAGCUGAGGACUUGAGGAGUAAAGGUAUACAGGAAGUUGCAUGUGUUUCUGUCAAUGACGCAUUUGUCAUGGCUGCAUGGGGAAAGGAGCAUGGAGCCGAUGGCAAGGUUCGAAUGCUGGCUGAUCCCACUGGGGCAUUUACACAGGCAGUUGACCUGUUACUUGAUAGUGAUCAGAUUGUGGCGGUGCUGGGAAACAAGCGAUCCAAGAGAUAUUCUAUGCUGGUGGAAGAUGGUCUGGUGAAGAAGAUCAACGUAGAGCCUGAUGGCACUGGGCUGACGUGCAGUCUCGCCUCCAACAUUCUGGCUGAGCUGUAGGCUUGUUAAACCAAAUUAUUAACCCUGAGUUACUAUGAAAGUUGGACUUCUAAACCCUGCCGUCAACCUGUUCAAACUUUCUCCUCUUCUCAAAGACGAAUGCAAAUAAUAGGUUUCUGCUAGCGUCGAGGCUGAGCUGGAGGCUUUUUAAUGCGCACAAUUUUGACAUGAAAGUCAAUAGCAAGGGCAGUUCCUCUGUCUGUGUAUACUGUUACUUAUAAGUAAAUAAAACUCACUGAAAGCAAUAA